AUGUUCCCCCGCCCACCCGCAACCACCCUCCCCUCCCUCUCCCCAAGCGACCAAACUCACAUCCUCGACCUGCUCUUUGAGCCCUCCCCCCCACUGCGCGCGCUCUCCCUCCCCCUCUUCGCCCGCCCCGUCCUCUCCUACCCCGCUCUCAUCGCCGCCAUCCGCUCCCAGCUCACUGCACUCUCCACAUCUGGCUCCCCAGCAGACGCCAAGCAACUCGAUGCAAUCCUAGGCGCUCACCCCCGCCUCGGGGCCAAGAAGGUGGAUAGCGCACAGUCAGCUGCUGAACAGGCGCAGUUAGGUGGUGGCGAGGAGGAGGCUCGGCAAUUGGCGGCGUUGAAUGCGGAGUAUGGGGCCAAGUUCCCGGGGUUGCGGUAUGUGGUGUUUGUUAAUGGGCGAGGGAGGGGAGAGAUUAUGAAGAAUAUGCGGGAGAGGAUUGACAGAGGGGAUGGGGGACUGGAGAGGGAAGAAGGGAUUAAGGCAAUGUGCGAUAUCGCGCUUGACCGGGCAGAGAAGCUAUUGCAUCAGUAG